CCCAACACUUCUCAUCUUAGAAUUCUUUCUCUAGCAUCCCAAUUCCAUGAUAUAGAGAAAUCUGUAACCAAGCCAUUAUGGAGGGUACCAUAGCUACGACUAAGCAUGUUAGCAGCAUGGUUUUAGGUAUUGGCCUUAGAUCAGCCAUAUCUGUAUCCGCUGUUCCUUUAUGGUGUCGGCGGACAAUGGUACCAAUACAUGGCCAAUACCAGAUCGGUGCACAUCACAGACAUGUAGGUAAAGCCAUAGUUUGCAGUGACGGUGCCAAUAACAGGCGAACUGCCAACUACAAGCCAAACAUUUGGGAUUAUGAUUCUGUGCAAUCAAUGCGAAGCAAGUUCAUGGGGGAUACCUACAAAAGACGAGUGGAGAAGCUGAAGGUGGAUGUGAGACAUAUGCUCAUAAAUAAUGACGAAAUGGUCUUAUUGGCUAAGCUCAAUUUGAUUGACGAUCUCCAAAGGUUAGGUCUGGAGUAUCACUUUGAGAAGGAGAUCAAGGAAACAUUGGAUGCUUUGAUGUCAAUCAAAAACAGUAGUGGUAGAAUAAAUGGUGAUGAUCUCUACUCUACAGCUCUAUGCUUCAGGCUUCUCAGGCAACAUGGAUAUUUUGUGUCACAAGAUGUGUUUAUCAGCUACAUGGAUGAAACCGGUAAUUUCAUGACUAGCCUUUCUCAGGAUGUUAAAGGAAUGCUUGCCUUGUAUGAAGCUUCACACCUUGCUAUAGAGGGUGAAAACCUAAUGGACAAGGCUAAAGCUUUCUCUACCAAAGCUCUAAAGGAUCUCGAGGGAAAUUUGGAGCCAUGCCUUGCUGAACAAGUUGCCCAUGCGUUGGAGGUUCCUUCCCACUGGAGGGUGCCAUGGUCGGAAGCUAGGUGGUACAGUAAUGCAUAUGAGAGAAAGGAACAUAUGAACCCUAAUUUAUUAGAACUCGCCAAAUUGAACUUCAACAUGCUACAAGCUACCCAUCAAGGAGAGCUCAGGGAAAUAUAUAAGUGGUGGAAGAAGGAGGGCCUUGCUGAGAACUUGAGCUUUGCAAGGCAUCGAUUAGUGGAGUGUUUCUUAUGGGCAGUGGGAACAGUUUUUGAGCCUCAAUAUGGUUUUCUUAGAAAAUGGCUGACAAAAAUCAUUAAUCUGAUUAUCCUAAUUGAUGAUAUUUAUGAUGUUUAUGGCUCACUGGAUGAACUAGAGCAAUUCACCGAUGCAGUGGACAGGUGGGAUGACAAGAAAAUUGAGCAUCUUCCAGACUAUAUGAAGAUAUGUUUUCUAGCACUCUAUGGAACGACUAAUGAAAUCUCCAGUGGCGUUCAGAAAGACCCGAAUAGAAACAUAAUUACCCCUCUUAAGAAAGUGUGGACAGAUUUUUGUAAAGCAUUAUUGGUGGAGGCGAAGUGGUACAAUAGUGGAUACUCACCCUCUUUAGAAGAGUAUCUAGACAAUGCAUGGAUCUCAUCCUCAGGGGCCAUCCUUCUAGUUCAUGUACAUUUUGCUCUAACCCAAGUGAUGAGUGAUGAAGAAGUAGGUUUCCAGGAGACCGAUCAGGAUCUUGUGUACUAUCCAUCCAUGAUCAUUCGACUUUGCAAUGACUUGGGGACUUCAGCGGCGGAGUUAGAAAGAGGUGAUGCUCCAUCAUCAAUCCUAUGUUACAUGAGAGAAGCAAAAGUUUCUGAGGAGAUAGCUCGAGAGCACAUAAAAGGCAUGAUAGUGAACUCAUGGAAGAAAAUUAAUGAAAAAUGCAUCUCCCACUCAUCUCAUUUGCCUCCUAUGUUUCUUAAUUUAACCUACAACAUUGCACGAGUGGCUCAUUUUUUUUACCAAUAUGAAGAUGGCUUCGGGGUUCAAGACCGUGAAACCAGAAACAAUGUCCUAUCUUUGCUAGUUCAACCUAUCGAGCUUCAUCAUCUCAACAAAACUCACUCCAUUAAAUUAUGAUUGGUGAUGGUUUCAUAUAUCUCCACAAAAAAGGACAAGAUCAUAAACAUGAUGAUGAUGGUGGUUUUUUUGUUUUAAUUUUUUAAGUGUAAAAAUGUAGUGUCUUUCAUGAGAUGUAUUUUUCUUUUUCUCUUCUUUAAUAAAAUUUCUGUUCUUUAGCGAAAAAAGUAAAUGUAUAUUUUGUUGUGUUUUAGUCAUUGUUCCUCAGUAUUUUGCAAUUAUCAAUGCAAUAUAAAGCAGACAU